GUUACCUGUGUUGCGGGUCCAAUUUGAAAGCAACACUCCACUUAUGAAUGACAAGUGUCUGCUCUUAGAUCUUCAAAAGAAAGAACUUAUUACCACCGAAAUCAAUCUAGGAAGAUUAAUAACGCUUACCCAGGUAGACAAUUAACAAUCGUUCAUCAAAAUGAUGACGGUUUCAGUUUCUCCUGUUGGACAAUCGGCCAUGUUGAUGAUGUGCCUUGCUGUCUUCGCCCUAAUUGCACUACAUGGAUUCCGAGAUGUUGUGCGAAAUAUAGAACCAAACAAGUGUGAUAUGACCUAUAUGUAUCAAUGGCCAGAGUAUGUAAAAGUACCGUUGUUUAAAGGAACAUCCAAACUGUUUCCCAGAUACUCUUUACAUCUGUAUGGAGAAGGAUCUCGUAAUGAAGUGUCUCAAAACCUUAAAACACUUAAAGGUAUUCCUGUCCUGUUUAUCCCUGGAAAUGCUGGAAGCCACAAACAAGUACGAUCUCUUGCUUCUGUGGCGCUAAGGAAAGCUGAAGACAACCGCUAUGAGUUUAACUAUUUUACAGUGGACUUAGAUGAGAGAUUAUCAGGGAUUUUCGGGAUAAUGCUGGACGAACAGACUGAAUUCGUUCGCCUUUGUAUUACAAAGAUAUUAAGACUUUACCAAGGCCUUUCAAAUCGACCAAAAUCAGUUAUCCUGAUUGGUCAUUCUAUGGGUGGAGUGAUCGCAAAAGCUCUGUUCACACUACCCAAAUUUGACCCACAGCUAGUUCAUACUAUCAUCACACUUGGUACACCUCACCAACAUCCGGUUCUAUCACUGGAUCCUUUUCUAUGUAAUUUCUAUAACAGGAUUAAGAAAUACUGGAACAACGAGGUGUCGGUUACAAGAGACAAUUCUACCCUGCGGAAUGUUACAGUAGUGUCUGUGAGUGGUGGAUUCAGAGAUCUUCUGGUUCGGUCAAGUACAACAUCACUCCAGAAUUAUCUGGAUCAUUCGCAGGCCAUAAGUGUAGUUACUACAUCAAUACCUAGAGUAUGGUUGUCUGUAGAUCAUUUGUGUCUGUGUUGGUGUAAGCAACUGGUACUUGUGAUCAACAGAGCCUUGUUUGAUAUGAUAGAUUCAACUACAGGACAGAUUUCACUAAGCAAAGAACUAAGACGAAGGGUUUUUCAUCAUCAUUUUAUACAAAAUCCGGGAACUAAAAAGAUUUACUUUGGGAAUUCUAAAAAGAAUUCAGGGAUAGACUGGAAGGAAUUUAACCCAGUAGUUGUCCAUAGAAGGUUAUGGGUCUUCAAAGGAGGACAUUCAGGCAAAAAGUCUAAUAAACUUUAUACCUUUCCUUUAGAAGAAUGGAGAAUCACACACAAUGCUUUCCUUAUUCUUACAGAUCUUGAAUCAGACAGUUGGUUAUUUGCCUGCAAAAAGUCAUCUAGUAGCCAUCCUUGUAGCACACCAACAGACCUAUCUCAUCAUGCACAGCUUCUGCCAUCGGGAAACUCUCCUCUAAAGUUUGUUUAUCUAAGGCUGUCUGAAUUCCCUGAGAUCUCACACUUUGCCAUCAUGUUCCCUCCCUCUAAGACUGCAGAUGUGUUGAAGACAGAGUUCCAUUCCUUGGCCAGUUCUUCAUUUAAGUUAGACUCACCUUGGAUGUUUUCUAGAAGUCCAGUAACAGCAGACAUUGAAGAAGAUCUAAUAUUCUCAAAUAUUUCCCUGGCAUCUGUCAGCAAAGUUUGGAAAGUUUUGGACAUCAUUGUAGAAACAAAAGACUGUGAAAUAGAACCAUCAAUAAUAGGCCGUGUUAACAUUCCAUGGUUCAAUGAAGAUGUCUACUCUCAUGUAUCAUCUGGUAGUCUAAGGUUACAAAUUAAACUCCACCAUCCAAGACCAAGAGGAUUUGUGGGAAAUAUUGAGGUCCACUUAUGGCUUGACCCCAAAUGUUCCCACAGAGUGUCUAUCGAACCUAAUCUGACUGAGAUGAUUGGUCAAGUCUAUAGGUUCUUUGGUGUUCAACUUCCUGUCUGGGUGUAUUCAAUGUUGUUGUUAGUACUAGCAUGGCAGGUUUCUACUCUAGCAAGUUCUCAGGAUUGCCGAUCAUUCUUUGACCUCAUAACGAGCUUAUCAAGAAGUGCUAGAGUACUCCUUCUGCUGACACAAGUCCAUUUUGUUAUUUCACAAGUUAUUCUUCCAUUCUUUGUCAUGCAAGGUCAUUUGGGACAGCAUGAUUGGUUACCAAGCAUUAAUGACUUGAGAACAUUUGAUUGGCUGUUGCCCCUAGUGAUCAUCAUGUCGACAGCAGUACUGUUAACUGUCAUUUUGUUUGUAUGGAAUGGAGUUUGCCUGAGGUUUGGAGGCAGAGUUAUGUUUUGGAAACAAGACUACCAGGAUCUUCUUUUUCCAAAAAGUAUCUUUCCUUUAAAAGAAAUAUCUUUUGCUAUUGUUAAUACCAUGAUAUCUUUCACUGUCUGUGGAACACUUGGUCUAGUGAUAGCUUAUCUAUUCUUUUUGGGACGGUCAUGUAAGCAAUUCUCUCUUCUUCGCCAAAUCCAGUCUUCACCUGGAGACAGUAGAAGCAAAAAACUUGCUCAGGUUGUCAAGAAUGUGUGUAAUUUCUCUCUAACAGUUAGUACAUUAACAAUGCUUAUGGUCAUCUCUAAUGCCCCAGCUCUUGUUGUCUGGAUCAAGGCAUUUCCCUACACCUACAUCCUAUCCCCAGACCCAACAGCUUUCUUAGGAGCAUUAAUGGGUUGGAAUCUGAUACAUCUAGGAUACCAUCCUCUGGGGAAUGCACCACAGUCAUUGGUUUAUGUAACAUUCUUAGUUGGUGUUAUCGUAAGCCAGGCACCUAUCUUUCCAUUGCACAUGGUAUCUUAUGCACCAUGUCUGGUAUUGGCCACCCUGAAUAUAUCUAGGAUCAAUGCACUAUUGAGAGAGAGGAAUGUUUCCAAAAAGAAAUAAAUAAUAAUAAUAAUACUAAUGAUACCUUUAGGCCAAGUUUUGGCAAAAUUCUAGUGCUUUAAAAAUUUCCUGACUUUUUCUGGAACAUUUUGGCAUAUUGCAUUCUUAUGCAUCAUAUUUAAUAGUAAAACAGUUGAAAGACUCUUUAUCAUGUACAUCUCUGUGUUUGUAUUUUAUUGAUUCUAUUACUUAGCUUUGUAGCAUUUCAUAAUGUUUGUAGAAUAAAGUGUUGUUGGCUGAUAU